UUUGAAUUUCUAAAAAAUGCCCAAGAAACAUACAAUUUCGAAUAAAACAAGGAAGCGUCCAGGCAAGGAUUUGGAUGAAAUUAAAGAAACUAUGGAAAGACCGGAAAAGGUUGUAAACCAACCGGUAGAUGAAGACUUGCCGGGCGCUGGACAGAAUUAUUGUGUGGAAUGCGAUCGCCAUUUUAUCAAUGAUAAAGUGCUUAAGAAGCACAAGAAGACUAAAGUUCAUAAGAACCAAUUGAAGCGCCUCAAAGAGCAGCAACACUCGCAAAAGGACGCGGACUUGGCUGGUGGUCUUGGAGUGGAAGAGCCGGUUGUUAAGAAGAAAGAUGGGAUUGAGCGCAAUGAGGACGGAAUUCCUUAUGGGAUUCCGAGCGGAUGUGGUAGCUGCGUUCAAAUUGGCCGCCGUCUUUGUAUGUUUGUUAAGAAACCGGUUGAAGGGGUUGACUAUGUUUUGAAAAAGUAAAGAUGAGAUGAAGUAAGAAGACGGAAAGUUUAAGUAAAAAAUAAACAUC